AUGCCCCUCACCGCCUCCCGCUCGCCAGUUCAAACAAGUGAAGUUAAGUUACGGGUGUUGCUUUGUCAUGGCAUUGGCCUUUUUGACAUCAACCUCCAGGUCUGGAAUUUGUUGUACUCUUCGGAUUAUAUCCUCCUCUGUCCGAGCCUUUGCGCGGAUUGGAGAUUGCCCGCUGCUGCACCUGCUGAUCGUCUCGGCCAUAAUUGCACAAAUCGCCCCAUCACCACCCAAUUACUUGCCGUUAUAAGCCGUGUCCGUCGCGAGUGGAAUAUCCAAAAACUUCAUUAA